AUCUCGGAACGUUUUUCUGUAUUACACUGAAGAUUAAACAACUCCGGCUACCCUCGCGGUGCGCUACUCUCUGCAGCGCAAGCCGCAGAUCCAAGUCACCGUCUCGCAGAACUUUGAAGGUGAGUCCGCAGACCCCCUCGCGCCGCAGCGCCAACCGCCGGCGGCGCGCGACUCGCGACGUGACCCAAUAUUCCCAACCCACUCGCGACCACUUCCGAAGAUCGGGAGUGGAAAACCACCACCGAGAGUUCGGGCGCCCUCGAGGCUCAUACCGUUCCGAUCGACUGAGUAUCGCCCCACCCAAUCUAACUUUUAGUACAGAUGGCCAAAACAUCCAGGAUCCUCAUCCUGCUUGUCGUGUUCCUCGCGCUCGCCCCCUGCGAGGCCGAUGCGUUCUCCGCGUUCUGGAGGGGACUCAGAAACAGAGGGGCCCGCCAGAGGCUUCGGGCCCCGAAGCCCGCUCCGGUACCCGCCCCCGCCCCUGUCGGCCCCGAGUGCACCGGUCGCACCGUCACCGUCAAGCGCAUGGACCCCAGCGGCCUCGACGGCCACGGCUGGGGCAUGAACCUGCAGUUCAUGUGCGGCGACUCCAGGGUGAACAUCGGCAACAGCCGCGGUUCCCAGACUCAGUCCACCGUCGUCAACACCCCCAUGCACAAGGGCGACUGCCCCGCGCGCAUCAGCAAGUCCAACUGGCUCGGCGGCUACACCUACCCGGACUUCUUCGACGUCACCGUCACCGACUGCCCCGGCCCCGCUCCCGUGCCUGUGCCCAAGCCCGUUCCCGCGCCCGCGACCGUGCCCGAGGGCCCUCUCACGGCGUGCUACGGUGAGGACGCCGCGCCUCCCUUCGGCUACGUCCACAAGGCUGAGAACCUCGACUUCGGCAUCGACCGCUCCAGCGAGGCCGCCAUCGGUUUCACCUCUGGCUACGAGAAGUACCAGGCCCUGUCCUGCGAUGCCCCUCCCGUUCACAAGUUCGAGGACUGCGAGUGGUGCAAGACCCACUCCUGCGACGCGUCUUGCCCCCAGGUCAUGCCCGGUAAGUGCGCCGACCCCGCCUCCUUCGGCGUGUGCGAGCCCACCGUGAAGGGCAUCUGCGACACGCUCCAGCAAUCCCACGACGGGUGCACCUCCGGCUCCAAAGCGGUCGUCGAGAAGUCCAAGGAGUACCUCUCUGUUGACGUGCAGAACGCCCCCUGCGCCGCGCCCAUCAUGGAGGAUACCUUCGCCUCCCUCAAGAAGUACAAGCUCGCCUACAACGACUGGGCCAUGGCAUUCAACAACGCCUCCCAGGUGUGCAAGGUUGGCGCCAACAUCCGCGAGUACAACGGCAUCUCCUUCAUGUCCAUGCACAAGUCCCUCGAGGACGUCGAGCGCGUCGCAAAUGAUGCCUGCGCCGAGCUUGACUUCGACGCCGAGGCUGCCCGCCCCAAAAAUGCUGAGCUUGGCGCCUCCGUCAGGAACGCCGACGUCUGCAGCAAGCUCAAGGACCUCACCGCGUCCAUGAUCGCCGACGCCGACACCUCCUCCGCCCAGAUCCAGUGCUUCGCCGCCGCUUGCGUUGACCUGAAGGCCGCGGAGCAGGUCAAGCUUGACGCCCUCGUCGCCGCCCACGCCGAGUACGAGGCCAAGUACCUCGCCUAUUCGGCGGCCAUCACUGCAUACAACCAGAAGGUGUCCGACAAGAACGCCCUCAAGGCGGCGGUCAUGGAGUCCUACGAGAUUUUCAACCCCAUCAAGACCACCACCGUCGCCAAGUUCGACAAGGACAACGUCGUCUACCAGAAGUUCGAGUCCGGCGCCGCCAAGGGCAGCUGCGGCCUCUCCGACUGCGAGAUGGAGUCCGUCUGCGGCUACGCCAUCGCCGCCGACGCGGAUUACUACGUCGAGGAGAAGCGCGGCAAGUGCGUCCAGAAGAACAAGGACCUCGUGGAGCACUGCCACAAGUAAAUCGCACGAGAGCCACGACGCAGGUUCCGGCUGAAAUUUGGCCGGGGCCUGUCUAUGGCACGCCGCUCUCCGACCUCCUUCUUAGGCGGCGCGCGGCGCUCGCAUGCUGAAUACUCUGUUUUUGUUUAAAUUUUACGACAACGCGUCCUCU